GCCGUGACGUAGAAUCUCCGCGCAAAACAGACGAAGGUGACGGGGUCGGCUAGUGUCGCUAAGUGGGGGACCCCGGCUUCCCGUCGGCGCUAUGUUGGCGGCUCGGCCUCUGGUGCUCCGCGGAGCCUGCGCUCAGGCACGUCUCCUUUCCGCCGCUGCAGCUCCGGAGUCGGCACCUCCCAAAAAAACACAGUUUGGGCCCCUCAAGGAUGAGGAUCGCAUCUUCACGAAUCUUUAUGGGCGCCAUGAGUGGAGGUUGAAAGGGGCUUUGAGCCGAGGUGACUGGUAUAAAACCAAGGAAAUCCUGCUGAAGGGUGUUGAUUGGAUCUUGAAUGAAAUAAAGACUUCAGGUCUGAGAGGCCGUGGGGGGGCUGGUUUCCCCACUGGUCUUAAGUGGAGCUUCAUGAAUAAACCCCCAGAUGGCAGACCCAAGUACUUGGUGGUGAAUGCAGAUGAGGGGGAGCCAGGAACCUGUAAGGACAGAGAGAUCAUGCGUCAUGACCCCCAUAAACUGGUGGAGGGCUGCCUAGUUGCAGGGAGAGCUAUGGGAGCCCGAGCUGCCUACAUUUAUAUUCGCGGAGAAUUCUAUAACGAGGCCUCAAACUUGCAGGUGGCAAUCAGGGAGGCCUAUGAAGCCGGAUUGGUGGGCAAGGAUGCUUGUGGCUCUGGCUAUGACUUCGAUGUCUUUGUGGUAAGAGGAGCAGGUGCCUACAUCUGUGGCGAAGAGACAGCACUUAUCGAAUCCAUUGAGGGCAAGCAGGGCAAGCCACGCCUCAAGCCUCCCUUCCCAGCUGACGUGGGAGUGUUUGGUUGCCCUACUACAGUGGCAAAUGUGGAAACUGUCGCUGUGGCACCCACCAUCUGCCGUCGAGGAGGUACCUGGUUUGCUGGCUUUGGACGUGAGCGCAACUCUGGAACCAAACUCUUCAAUAUCUCAGGCCAUGUCAACACACCCUGUACUGUAGAAGAGGAGAUGUCAAUACCUCUACGUGAUCUGAUUGAACGACAUGCAGGUGGUGUUAGAGGUGGCUGGGAUAACCUGCUUGCUGUAAUUCCUGGAGGGUCAUCCACCCCCCUCAUCCCCAAGUCAGUGUGUGAGACGGUGCCAAUGGACUUUGAUGGGUUGGUGCAGGCACAGACUGGGCUUGGGACAGCAGCUGUCAUUGUCAUGGACAAAUCGACAGAUAUAGUUCGAGCCAUCGCCCGACUCAUUGAAUUCUACAAACAUGAGAGCUGUGGGCAAUGCACACCAUGCCGAGAAGGUGUUGACUGGAUGAACAAAGUGAUGUGGCGUUUUGUGAAAGGCAAUGCACAAGUGGCAGAGAUUGAUGCGCUUUGGGAGAUUAGCAAGCAAAUUGAGGGCCAUACAAUCUGUGCCCUGGGAGAUGGGGCUGCUUGGCCUGUACAGGGAUUGAUUCGUCACUUCCGUCCAGAGCUGGAGGAACGGAUGAGACAGUACAGUGAAUCUAAGGUGCAGCAGGCAUCUGGGUAAACACCUAACUGAAGUCACCCCUUUAUACAUUUGACUGUAUAAAAAACAUUCACAUCUUCAAGCCAAGCUCUGCUUUGGCUUUGACAUUGAAAUAAUUUGUGUCAGAUGGAUGACAACCUACUUCAGUUACUGUUCUGCUUUGCUUUCUUAAAACGCACAUUAUCUAUUAAAUGGUUGUGACUUACUUCUUGUCUGUUGGGUACUUUUCAAGCAUAGGGAAAAUAAAGUGGAUAGUUGCAUGUUU